CCCAAAUGGUCCAAACGAUGUCGUGUGGCCAAUAACGUCCCAACCAUUUCCGAGUCUCUCCACUCCACGCAACCCCUUUUGCCCUCAAAUUGAAUAAUCAAACAUAUCAUGUGCAUUUGUUUGGAUACGAAAGGCAUAGGGUAUAUAUGUGGCAAGAUUUGUGGCGAAUCGUAUCUACAUUUAAUUUAGGUAGCGAUAAAUAGCAGUUGGAGACGAGUCAGUCCACCAAUUUCAGCCGCAGCGAUAUCUAUCUAUCUCUAUACGCCUCAAUCCGUCGUCGUAUCGCUGCGAUCGUCCUUGAUUAUGGUAUUGCUGCACGCAGCCAGAGGAUCGGAGUCUGAAUCGGAAUCGGGAUAUAUAGGGAGGAACAGAUUGGGGAAGUACGUCGUGGGGAGGACGUUGGGAGAGGGUAACUUCGGAAAAGUCAAAUUCGCUACAAACGUUGAAUCCGGUGAGUCGUUUGCAAUCAAGGUUUUGGAGAAGAACAGAAUCUCCGGCCUCAACAUCACCGAUCAGAUAAAGAGGGAGAUUGGCACAUUGAAACUCCUCAGGCAUCCAAAUGUUGUGAGGUUACAUGAGGUCUUAGCAAGCAAGGUGAAGAUAUAUAUGGUCCUUGAAUAUGUGAAUGGUGGAGAACUUUUUGACAGAAUUGCAUCGCGAGGAAAAUAUUCCGAAGCUCAAGGCAGGAAGCUUUUUCAACAGUUAAUUGACGGUGUUGCUUACUGUCACAACAAAGGCGUAUAUCAUAGAGAUCUCAAACUAGAGAAUGUGUUGAUUGAUCAAAGUGGAGUCAUUAAGAUCACAGAUUUUGGCCUUAGUGCAUUGCCUCAACACUUUAGGGCUGAUGGUUUGUUACAUACAACUUGCGGAAGUCCAAACUAUGUUGCCCCUGAAAUUCUCUCAAACAAAGGGUACGAUGGUGCAACUUCAGAUACAUGGUCUUGCGGUGUCAUCCUGUACGUUAUACUCACAGGACACCUUCCCUUUGAUGACCGGAAUCUGGCCGUACUUUAUCAGAAGAUUUUCAAGGGAGAUGCUCAGAUGCCGAAAUGGCUUUCUUCAGGAGCCAAAAACCUAAUAAAGAGGAUACUUGAUCCCAACCCAAAUACCAGGAUAAGCAUGGACGAUAUAAAGAACCAUGAAUGGUUCAAACAGGACUAUACUCCUUUAGGUCCUGAUGAAGAAGAAGAAGAAGAAGAUUGUGCUUGCACAGAAGAAGAUAAACUAUCAUCUCUACAUGAUACAACUCCAGAAGCAGAGAGGGAUCCGGACUCGCCUUAUCUAAUCAAUGCCUUUCAGCUGAUUGGAAUGUCCGCUUGCCUUGACCUUUCUGGCUUCUUUGAGAAAGAGGUUGUUUCUGAGAGAAAAAUCAGGUUUACCUCAAAUCAUUGUCCAAAAGAAUUACUCGAGAGAAUUGAACAUACAGUUACAGAGAUGGGAUUUCAUGUCCAGAAGAAAAACGGAAAGUUGAAAGUCACGCUAGAGCUCAAAGAUCAAAAAGCACCAGCGAGUCUCUCAGUAGCUGCACAAGUUUACGAGAUAAGUCCAGCCUUUUAUGUGGUCGAGCUGCGGAAAACUUGUGGUGAUUCAACAGUGUACAGAGAGUUGUGUGCCAAACUAUCUAAUGAGUUGGGUGUAUCACAAAACCAAGUGGCAGUAUCUAAUGAAUUGGGUGCAUCAGAAAGCCAAGUGCAGAGUGGCCUACUAACAGGGGAUACCAAGAUACAAUAAGCUGCUUAAUUUGGUUGUCCCCCAUGAUUAAAUUAUUCCUUGUAGAAAAUGUAUGUAUUGCAUAAAUCUUCAAAAAUUUGUACAGAAUAAACAUGUCUUAUUCUUGUAUUAUAAACCCCAGGAGAAAAUUUGAUAAUUGCGACUUGUUUAUCA